AUGAGGGAUCCGCAUUCAGACGCAGAGCUGCGUGCUCUUGUUUCUCAGCUGACUCUGAGCGAGAAGAUAUGUAUGCUUUCUGGCAAGAAUGUCUGGGAAACUUUUGAUGUCGAAAGAUUGGGAAUUCCCUCGCUGAAAGUUACUGAUGGGCCCAAUGCGGCAACCUUCAACCGUGGUCUUGCUUCUCGAAUUGGUGCCGCUCUGGGCCAAGAGGCCGAGACCAAGGGGGCGUACGUCGUCCUUGGCCCCACGGUGUGCGGCCAUCGCUCACCUCUGGGAGGACGCAAUUUCGAGGCAUUCUCAGAAGAUCCUCUACUUUCAGGUGAGCUGGCGGCGGAAUAUGUUAGAGGGCUGCAGAGCCAGAAGGUUGGCGCAACUGUCAAGCAUUUUGUCGCCAAUGAGCAAGACACAAAGCGCUUCACUGUCAAUGAAACUAUUUCGGAGCGUGCACUACGAGAAAUCUACCUCCGACCAUUUGAGAUUGUUGUCAAGUCGGCUGAUCCUUGGUGCAUAAUGACGAGUUAUCCCAGAGUGAACGGUCGUUACGUUGACGCCCAACCAACCUUCAUCAACGAUAUCCUUCGUAAAGAAUGGGGAUUCCAAGGAUUAGUUAUGAGCGAUUGGGGAGCAACAUCCGAUGCCAUUUUAAGCAUUAAACAUGGACUGAACCUCGAAAUGCCAGGUCCACCAAACCGUCGCAAGCCAGAAACAAUACAGAAGGCUAUUGAUGAAGGAUUUGUCAAUGUAAACGACAUUGAUGACCAUGUCUUCUCGCUUCUCAAUCUUCUCCGAAGGACUGGAAAGUUUUCCGACCGUCGAGAGCCGCGAGAUGAGCAAGCUAUUGUGCGUCCGGAACACAAUGCAUUGAUACGGGAGGCUGGAGCGGAGGGAAUUGUUCUCCUCAAAAAUUCGAAGAAGAUCCUCCCAAUCGACACCCAAAAAUCCAAGAAGAUCGCGCUUCUGGGUCCUCUGACAAAGCAUGCUGCAGCGCAUGGUGGAGGGAGUGCUUCACUGAACUGCCACUAUAAGGUGACGCCAUAUGACGCCUUGCAACAGCGGCUUGGACAAACCUGUGAGCUAUCAUAUUCGAAAGGUACACACAUAUUCAGAGUUCUCCCUGAUCUUGAAGCAGGAGCUGUCAACCGCAACAACAAUCCUGGCUUCAUCGCUGAUUUCUUCAAUAAUCCCAACUUUUAUGGGGAGCCCCUUUACCAUGAGGAAUAUCCCCGAGGAGCAUUUACUACCUUAAUGAAUACCAAGGUGGCUGGAAUUGCUGAAUCUGUCCGGUUUACUACGAAAUAUAACCCUCCUGCUUCUGGCAAACAUUAUCUCAGCUUUUCCGGUCUUGGGCCGUCUAAGCUCUUCAUUGACGGAGAACUUGUGAGCAACCAAGUCAAAGAGUCUAAAGAUAGUAUGGGCUUCCUUCUGGGCGUUCAAGAUGAGCACAGAUUCCAAUAUGACUUCGAUUCAAACAAAGCAUAUGAUGUGGUUAUCGAAUCAGUCCCAUCUCAGGUCAACAACUCUGAUUUGUUUCUACUAGAGGGCCAAAUAGCUGCUCACCUUGGUUUCGUCGCUCAGGCCGAGAUGGAAGCGGAUCUACUGGCCGAGGCCGUUGCUCUGGCAAAGAGUGCCGAUAUUGCUAUCUGCUUCGUUGGUAAUACACCCCAAUGGGAAACCGAGGGCCAAGAUAUGGCCAACAUGACUCUGCCCGCAGAUGGAUCCCAAGACAGGCUUGUUACUGAAGUAGCCAAGGCGAAUGCCAACACGGUUGUCGUGAUAACAACUGGCGUGCCGGUUGAAAUGCCCUGGCUGGAACAAGUCUCCGCCGUACUCCAGGGGUGGUACGCAGGUCAGGAGAUAGGCAAUGCCAUCGCUGAUGUGAUUCUUGGGGAUGUGAACCCGAGUGGAAAGCUGCCGGUUUCCUGGCCGAGAAAGUAUGAGCACACUGCGUGCUUCGGCCACUUUGGACUCGACAGCUUCGAGACACAACAAGUCACAUAUGUUGAAGGCGUCAAUGUAGGGUACAGGCACUUUGACCAGAUGUAUGAGACGGAGAAGGAAGUUCUGUUUCCAUUUGGCUUUGGACUGGGUUACUCUACCUUCGAAAUAUCAAAGGCUUCGUUAGAAGGUUCGUUUUCUCAAUCUACAGAUGGCUCCGUGGAUAUCACCGUCAAGAUCCAAAACACGAGCUCCCGAAAGGGUGCCGAAACUAUCCAAGUCUAUUUGGUACCUCCAAAUCCCGGCAGCAAUGGGAGGCCACCCAAGGGUUUGGUCGCAUUCGAUAAAGUCUCGCUAGAGCCAAAUGAGAGUAAAGGGGUACGACUUUCGUUUAAGAGAGAUGCCGUUGCAUACUGGAUUGAGUCACCCGCCGAAGCUGGCGGACAGGUAUGGAGGGUGGAAGGUGGACGGCACGAGGUUUUGAUUUGUACAAGCUCUAAUCCGAGUGAUAUCCACGCGCGAUGUGCACUAGAAAUCACAGACGGGUUCGAUUUCAGCCCCUAA